AAGGAUCUAUUAAACUCCUCCUGCCUUUCGUUCUGCAUAAUAAAUUUUUUUUGUGACACUGAUACUUCCUUAUACUUCUGGGUGUGGCAUUCGUCUUUAGGAUUCAGGACCAGAGGAUUCAGCGUUUGUGCACUGAAGAGGUAACAUAAGUCUGCUGCUUUUGGACAUGGAUGACUUUGUUUGUAACAAAUUAACCCAAUGGGGCUUCAGCGACUUGAUAGAAAGAUUUAAAGAUGAACUCAUCGACAAGGAAACUCUUUUGUUUCUUGAAGAUCAAGAUAUUGAUAACUUGAUUUCAAAAGUAGGACGAAAGGCAAAAUUCAGGAGGAGUCUUAAGUUGUUAAAGGAGGAACUAAAAACAACUAAUCUGGAAGCAGAGGAUGUUUCUGAUUGUCAACAGGAGCAUCAGGAAGCAGCAGAUUCUGCUCAGGCUGGACCAUCCACCCGAGCCUUGAGAGAAAAUUCAGAGAGCAGACUCUUGGAUUUUCAUGGUGAAUUGCCGUCACCCCCUAAGAGGCGAAAACCUGCAUUUGCAGGAUCGUACUCAGAGGAAAUCAUACUGUCUAAAGUGAAAACCACCAUGAGACAUAUCUAUGAGAAGCUACAUUUGGAUGAAAACACAAAACUCAAUGCUUUCGUAAAGAAUAAAAUCUGUGAUUUGGAGAACAACAAAAGAGAGUUAGUUGGUGUCUUUGGUAAAACUGGCGCUGGAAAGAGCUCUCUGAUAAACACCAUCAUUGGAGAGUAUAACCUUCUGCCCUCUGGAGGUAUCAAAGCAUGUACCUCCGUCAUGAUUAAAGUGGAGACCAACAUGGACAAACUCAAGUAUGAGGCAGAGAUAGAAUUCAUUCCAAAAGAGGAUUGGAAAGAUGAGAUAUGGUCCUUAAACAAUAUUCUUGAGAAUAACGAGGACAAAGAAGAAAAUGAAAAAAAUGAAGAUUAUCGUAACAUUGUUCAAAAGCUGUCAGCUGUGUAUGGUGAGGAAUGGAGCACCAUAUCUCCUGAAAACCUCAUGGAAGCCAAAUAUUUCAAGGAAACCCCAGAAUUUCUCCGUAACGCAAAAAAAAGGUUGGCAUGUGAAUCUGCAGAAGAGCUGUCUACAAAAUUGAGUAAAUACACGAUAAGUGAGUCCAGUGAGGGAGCAGUAAAGAGGUGGUACUGGCCCCUGGUGAAGUGUGUGACUGUCAGGGUGCCUAAUAAUCCUCUGCUCCAGCACGUCACACUUGUGGACCUUCCUGGAAAUGGGGACGAUAACAAGAGCAGAGACAAGAUGUGGAAAGAGCUUGUUGGAAGUUGCUCCACUGUGUGGAUUGUGACUGAAAUUAAUCGAGCAGCAUCAGAAUCAGAAGCCUGGGAGAUCCUGAAAAGUGCCUGUAGCCUCAUAGGAAACGGAGGCCAGUGUCAGCAGAUUCACUUCAUCUGCACCAAGACUGAUCAUUGUGAUAACUGGAAUCAGCUUUUGAGAGAUGCAGUCCGUGGUGACAUAUUUAAAAGAAACAUGAAAACCAAGGAUGAAGUACAGAAAAAAUUCAACACACUAAACAAUGUUAAGAAACAUUUCAGUGAUGGCUGUUUCAAAGUGUUCACAGUGAGCGCCAAACUAUUCCUGAAAGGAAAACGUGGUCAAGCUACUGUUCUACAGCCUGAUGAAACUGAAAUACCCAAACUUCACGAAUUUCUGCAAAACCUCAACGACUGUCACUCAGAAACAUUAAACUAUGUUUCUGGAGCUUAUGGGAUUCUGUCGUUGAUGCAAGGAGCCCGCAGCAGAGACACUGCUGACGGCAAAACAGAGGUGUGCCCACAACUUGAAGAAACGUUACAGAAUGAACUUCAUAAAAUCAGAAAAACCAUGGGAGACACUUAUGAGGCUUUUAAGGACCGUUUGACUGAUGGAGUUAAAAAUUCAGAAAGUUCAUGUGAAGAAACCUUGCGCAAGAUCUUAUAUCCAAGACAAAAAGACAGUGGUUUCCAUUACAGAACAUUAAAGUGUGUAGUGGAAAACAGUGGAGUUCACAAAACGACAAAAGGAAAACUCAUAAACCUCAAUGCAGAUUUAAGCUCAAAGCUGACUGGCAGCAUUGAUGAGAUGUUCAGGAACACCUUCCCAAAUGAAGGAAAACCCUUCAAUGGAGUCAUCAGUGCGUUUUCCCUGGACACAGAGAAGCUGAUUGAAAAGUACAAAGCUGUUGAACUGCAACUGGUAUUUCUAGGUUUCGAGGAAGAAAAAAUUAAGACAAGACUGAUCAAAAUCAUCCGUGAUCGGAAGAAAACAAUUUACAGCAGCCUGACCGAGAUGAUCAAAGACACUAUGGACUAUGGAUACAAAAAAGCAGCAGAAGUCAGCGGACAGGACGCACUAAAGAACAUGAAGGAAACACUGGAGAAGCAUGUACAGGAUUCAAAGACCAUCAUAUUUGAACUGGCUAAAAGUGUUAUGUUACAGAACCUGCAGAAGUUAGAGGAGGAAAUCUUAGAGACACUGGAGCAAACCCUGAAUGAAUCAAUUGAGCUGUCACUCAAGACAAGUGAUCACUUUAUCCCAGAUUUCUCAACAGAAUUUGACCGGGUGAAGCAAUUCUACAGAGAACUGACAAGCAGCCAAAAUGAAGAAAUGUAACUAACUGGGUAAAACAGGCUAAAACAUAAACUUUAAUAUGUUCUUUAAACUUCAAAGACACUUCACAUAGUGACCAUUCCCUCUCUGGUCAACAGCUGAAGAAUGAACAUCAUAUACUCCAUGUCUCUGCAGCCACUUCUCUGGAUUCUGUCUCUUACACUUUAACAAAGAUAAUUAUCUCUGUUUUCAUACUGUACAUGUAUUAAUUAUAAGUUAAAUUCUUAUUAUAAUGCCUUCAAAAUAUUAUAAUUCUUCAAAAUGAUGUUGACUUCUUUUCAGUCAUUCAUUAUCCUGGUACCCAUAUAAAUUCUAACCAGGCAUUUGUUAUAGUACAUAAAACCUAUGAAUUUUUCCUCUCAGCUACUUUUGUAUGUGUCUGAUAGUUUCAUAUGGAUGGUUUUUUUAUAUACUGUAGUAUGGUUUUGGUAUAAGGGAAUUUAUUGUUUUGCUUUUAAAUCAUUAUGACAUUUUUAUAACUAGCAUAUUUGUUUUUCAUCUUAAUUACUGAUAUCUUUUACUUUUACUACUUUUGCAAGUUUUUGGUCUUGGUUGAUUCAAAAGCAUUAUCUAAUAAUCUGACUGGUAAACUAAUGUAAAGCCAUGAUUUAAUUACCUACUAUAAACUUCUAAUAGUACAUUUAACAAUAGUAAAUCUAUUGUAUGGAGCCUCUAGUUAAGCCUUAUUGUUUUGUGAAACAAUUAUUCAGAACCCAACAUUGCAUUUGAUCUUGUUAUCUUGUUUUUUGUGAUUCAACUGUUUAUCUUCUUUUAGUGAGUAUUGUUUUAUUACUAUAAAAAAUGUUGUACUAUGUUGUGUGUGUAUGAAUACAUGGAUUUGGUGUGUAUGCUA